CUCCCGGGCACCCGGCCACCGCCCCACCCCCUCUUCCACGACAUGGAGCUAGAGCCGGCGGCUCAGAAGCAGCCUCGGCCGCGAAGGCGAAGCCGCCGGGCCUCCGUACUCAACGGGGAUGGCGCCGCGGGUCCUUCGGCCGACACCCCCCGGCCAGAGCUGGACGGGAGAUAUUCCCUUCGGAGAGGUAGCUCCUUCACAUUUUUAACACCUGGCCCCCACUGGGACUUCACUUUGAAAAGAAAACGAAGAGAGAAAGAUGAUGAUGUUGUGAGCCUUAGCAGCCUUGAUCUGAAGGAGCCAAGCAAUAAAAGAGUUCGACCUCUUGCUCGGGUCACGUCCUUGGCAAACUUAAUCUCUCCUGUAAGAAAUGGAGCAGUCAGACGUUUUGGUCAAACAAUACAGUCAUUUACCCUUCGUGGUGACCACAGAUCCCCAGCCUCUGCCCAGAAGUCAUCUAGCAGAUCAACAGUUCCAACGCCAGCCAAGAGAAGAAGCAGUGUGCUAUGGUCAGAGAUGUUAGACAUCAGCAUGAAGGAGUCUUUGACAACCAGAGAAAUCAAACGUCAGGAGGCAAUAUAUGAAAUGUCCCGGGGUGAACAGGAUUUAAUUGAGGAUCUCAAGCUUGCAAGAAAGGCCUACCAUGACCCCAUGUUAAAGUUGUCUAUCAUGUCAGAAGAAGAACUCACACACAUAUUUGGUGAUUUGGAUGCUUAUAUACCUCUGCAUGAAGAUUUGUUGGCAAGACUAGGAGAAGCCACCAAGCCUGAUGGAACAGUGGAACAGAUCGGGCACAUUCUUGUGAACUGGUUACCAGGCUUGAAUGCCUACAAAGGCUAUUGCAGUAACCAGCUGGCAGCCAAAGCUCUUCUUGAUCAAAAGAAACAAGAUCCAAGAGUCCAAGACUUUCUCCAGCGAUGUCUUGAGUCUCCCUUCAGUCGAAAACUAGAUCUUUGGAGCUUCCUAGAUAUCCCUCGAAGUCGCCUAGUCAAAUACCCUUUACUGUUAAAAGAAAUUCUUAGACACACUCCAAAAGACCACCCUGAUGUUCAGCUUCUGGAGGAAGCAGUAGUGAUAAUACAAGGAGUUCUCUCCGAUAUCAACUUGAAGAAAGGUGAAUCUGAGUGCCAGUAUUACAUUGACAAGCUAGAAUAUCUGGAUGAGAAACAGAAGGACCCUAGAAUUGAAGCAAGUAAAGUGCUUCUGUGCCACGGGGAGCUGAAGAAUAAAAAUGGACAUAAACUUUACAUAUUCCUGUUUCAAGACAUCUUGGUUCUGACCCGGCCUGUUACACGAAAUGAGCGCCACUCCUACCAGGUUUACCGGCAGCCCAUCCCAGUCCAGGAGCUGGUGCUAGAAGACCUGCAGGAUGGGGACGUGCGCAUGGGAGGCUCCUUUCGAGGGGCUUUUGGCAACUCAGAUAAAGCUAAAAAUAUCUUUAGAGUCCGCUUCCAAGACCCCUCUCCAGGCCAGUCUCACACUCUGCAAGCCAAUGAUGUAUUCCAUAAGCAGCAGUGGUUCAAUUGUAUCCGAACCGCCAUUGCCCCUUUCCAGCAGGCCGUCAGUCCACCAGAGCUUCAGGGUUUGCCAGAGCUCCACGAAGAGUGUGAAGAGAACAACCCUUCUGCUGGGAACCUCAGAGCCCAGAGAAGGGCGUCCACAGUUUCCAGCAUGAUGCAGGUAGAAGGUGACGAAAACGCCUCAGAAUUUAGCUCCAGCUUGCAGGUGGCAGACACCAAGAGUGCAAAAACACACCGGACACAGGCUGGCUUCCGAAGAGCCAGGGACAAAGCCCAGCUCUGCGGCAAACGGAAGGAGACUUUGGUGUAAAGGAAGCUCUGUGUAUUAACUGGUGGAAAGAUUGUUUAUUUAUAAAUGUGUACAGUUUUGUUUUCCUUGUAAUGGAAGCAUGGGCUCAUCAUAGGGUUACUUUGUACCAGUUGUAACAUUUUCAUGGUUUGGGGUUCUUUUUAUGUCUUGUUUUUGUUUUUGUUUUAAUGGCAGCUAAAGAUAUGCAGAUUACUGUUAAAUUGCAGACUUUUUAAAAAAAGGAUAUUUCUCAGAUUAUUUAGAUUGUGCAAGCCUGGUAUUUUUAAUCAAAUGAAAUAUUUACGAACUGAGUUUUAUCCUAAUUCUGAAUUUAUCAUAACUUUCCAAUAACAACAAUUAUGAUAUUUACAGUGCCAGCCAAAACAGAAUUUUCAAAGACUGGAAUUCUACCAGUUUCUUUAUUAAGGCUUGCUUGCAAAAUUUGAAAUUUUGACAUUGGCACCUAGAUUUUAUGUUUGAAGUAUCUCAAAAUUUAUGUUGAAACAGCUUCCUGGAAAACAAACCACAAAACUUAACAAGUUUUCCAUUUUAUCAACUGGAAUACCAUAUAUUAGCUUGUUUUUCACUGCACAUUCCUCAUUUUUCAUUCAUUUAUCCUGCCAGUUAUUUAAUGUUUUUUUAUUGUAAAGUAGUUUUUAGCAUUUGCUUUUAUUUUUUUACUUUAAUGCCUUUUCAGAUUGGCAAUCUUUAUUUUUCUUCCUGAUUAAAAAUGUGUGUGUAUGUGUGUGCGUGAUAUAAAUAUAUAUAUAUUUUUGUGGUUUUUUUUUUUUUUUUUUAAAUUGUAUUAACUUUGCCAAGUGAAACUAAGCCAUACUGUUUUUGAGCCAAUUAAGAAAUUGAAAUUUUUACAGUGUAGCAUUUCAGGGUGGUGAAGGCGCAUGAAAUGACUCCGUAUAAUCUAGACUACUGAAAGAAAAACCACUUCAAGGAAUUCAUUGAAAGUUUUAGUGUUGUCUGUAAAGCAAGAGGGAAGGCAAUUGACUGGUACUAAGUAAAAGAAAACAGAGGGGAAAAGAGAGUAGUAUUGUCUUAAAGUAAAAAUGUCUGGUUGUGCCAGAGGAUGAAAGGAGAUAGAAAAGCUCUUUUUGAGGGUAUGUAGUAAGUUGUAGAAGGCUUGAGGGGAUGUGGACUUUAUUUGCCUUGGUUUAUGAUACCUGCAAAUAAGUUUGAAAAGAAACAAUGAAAUGUGUUGAAAAUUUGGCCAUGUUAGGUCAAUUUUGGUGGAUUUAGUCAUAAAGUGGAAAAAAGACUCCUGGAUCUUAACUGCAAAAUGUUUCUGUUAUAAUGAGACAGGGAGAAAAGACUAAAAGUUCUGUGUCAUUGCAGGUUUAUAAUGGUGAUCAGUUCAAGUCAAUAUUGACUAUUAUGUGAAAUAUAUUUGCCAGUAGAAGUGAAAAUUGGAAAAAAAAAUGUAAAUAGAUCAAUCAAAUGAUUUCUCUGUAUAAACGAAUUAUACAAUUAAAAAAAAAAAGCACACACAUAAUCACUGAA